GGGCAGCAGCGGCGAGGGCAAGAGACUCAAGCCCGUGCCUUGGGUGGAGAAGUAUCGCCCGAAGUGCGUGGAUGAGAUCGCGUUCCAGGACGAAGUUGUCGCUGUGAUGAAAAAAUCCUUGGAAGGAGCUGAUCUUCCCAAUCUUUUGUUCUAUGGCCCUCCUGGAACGGGAAAGACUUCCACUAUUUUGGCAGCAGCCAGAGAACUUUAUGGGCCUGAACUGUUUCGGCAGAGAGUUCUUGAGUUAAAUGCUUCUGAUGAACGUGGAAUACAAGUGAUUCGAGAAAAAGUGAAGGCUUUUGCUCAGCUAACUGUAUCUGGAAACCGUUCAGAUGGAAAGGUUUGUCCUCCAUUCAAGAUUGUGAUCCUGGAUGAAGCAGAUUCUAUGACCUCAGCAGCACAGGCAGCCUUAAGACGCACUAUGGAGAAGGAAUCUAAAACAACACGUUUCUGUCUUAUUUGUAACUACAUCAGCAGGAUAAUUGAACCCUUGACGUCUCGAUGCUCCAAAUUCCGUUUCAAGCCUCUUUCAGAUAAAAUUCAGGAACAGAGACUACUAGAUAUUUCUGAAAAGGAAAAUGUGAAAAUCAGCAGUGAGGCAAUAUCUUACCUUGUUCAAGCGUCAGAAGGAGACUUAAGAAAAGCAAUCACAUUUCUUCAAAGUGCUACUCGAUUAACAGGUGGGAAAGAGAUCACAGAGAAGGUUGUCACCGAAAUUGCUGGGGUGGUCCCUAAAGAAGCAAUCCAUGGACUUCUUGCUGCCUGUCGAAGUGGCUCUUUUGAAAAGCUGGAAACAGUAACAAAGAAUCUGAUAAAUGAGGGGUAUGCCGCUAGUCAGCUUGUCAACCAGCUCCAUGAUGUUAUUGUUGAGAGCGAAGAUCUCAGUGACAAGCAAAAAUCCACAAUAGCAGAGAAACUUGCUGAUGUGGACAAAUGCCUGGCUGAUGGUGCUGAUGAGUACUUGCAGCUGAUUAGCCUCUGUGCCAUCAUGAUGCAGCAGCUGACUCAGAACAGCUAGUUUUUCACAAAGAACUGUUUUAGCUCAAAACUGAAGAUCUUUUGAUUGCUUUUGGUUUUGCUUUCAGUGGUGGCUCAUCUAUUUUCUACUUUUUGGUAUAGUUUUGUAAUAAAACGCGGCAGAAGGCUAGCAGCU